UAUUAUGUUUUCCUGUUUUAAACUAUGCAGUUUAAUCUUGUAUGAUUAAAACCUAGCGCAGAUAUUAUUGUUUCCUCUCUCGGGGUUCUUUCCGUGCUUCGUCAUACCUACUUUCAAUUUUUAUACAAACUUCCUAUUGUCUCCACUGCUGCUUAGGUAUUUGGAGAAAUGCCUCAUCAUUUCCGUUUCACAAAAUUUCGCAACAGGCGCUGUGCCUCAGUCACCGGGCAGAAUACUCGUGUAAACCACAGAUGUAUUACAUCCAAUACAAACACCUCCUUGGCCAGUCACGUCACCGCCACGUGACUUUGGUCACGUCGGGACUGGCCAGUCAUGUCACCACCCCCAAAACCUGGAAGUUGUGGACGUGUGGCGCAGGUUUUUGAAACAUCGUGCAGAUACCGGCUUUAUAACACUACGAGAUCUUGACAACUAUGAACCAACUCGUGUUUUUCUCUCUUCUGACGCUGCUUGCAGUAUCGUUGGGCGAUGGAAACGGUCCAGGUGUCAAAGUGAUCGUGGAAGAAGGAAGUGACGCCAUUUUACCCUGUUCACUCAGCACCAAGGAGGACAUUAAGUUCUUUGACUGGAGGAAAGAUGGUCAGAAGAAAGAUUUGAAGGAGGAGGUGUUCAUGUACAAUGAGGGCCAACACUACAAUAAUGGCCUUAAUGGUCAAAGUGAGCGGUUCAAAGGACGAGUCUCACAUUUUCCAGAUGAACUGAAGUCAGGCAACACCUCCAUAAUCAUCAGAAAUACGAAGGUGGCUGACAGUGGAAACUACACCUGUGAUUUUCCACUUCUUCAGCCAUCAAAGACAUUCAUCAUAUGGCUUGUUGUCAGUCCUACCUUAAAGGACAGAGCAGCUGAAAACAUCCCUGGUGCAGCUCCAAAGCCAUACACCAUGAUAGGUAAUGCCACUGAGGACGGGGUGACAAUGAAGUGUGAAGUUCGAGGUGCUUUUCCAGAGCCUAAGGUAGAGUGGCAGGACAGUGAUAGAAACGUCCUUCCAGCUGAUGAGCCACAAGUUUCAGAAAGAGGAGGCCGCUUCUACAUUACUCUCCAAACUACUGUGAAGGAGACCAAAACCAACCGCUUUUACUGUGUAGCCAAGCAGGAGAACAUCAGCCACAUGGUUGAUGCCGAGAUCACUGUGCCUGAGAAAAUGUUCGAGGAAUGCAAAGUGCCAGGUCAACGCUAUGGUCACGACAUCGGGAUGUGGAUUGGUCUGUUUUCACUUGGAUGUGUUUUCGGAGUUGGUGGAACUGUGACAUACUUCAAGUGCUUCAAAAAAAGAGGUAAUGAAGCGGCCGGAGAACCCAGGAGCCAAACUGCCAAUGGCCAUGCUGUACAGAUGUUAGCCAUACCACCUGAAGACCCUGAGGCCGUGUAGUGAGAACCGGAAUCUCAAGCCAGGUGACCUGGUCCUGAUCAAGGUGUUCCGGAGAAAAAAGUGGACUGAACCACAGUGGGAAGGGCCUUAUAGAGUUCUACUGACCACUCCAACAGCAGUUCGAGUUGAGGGCCGAACCACGUGGAUACUCUCGUUUACAAGGCACAUUGUAAACGAGUGCCACCGGUGAGUGAGUAGUGAGUCCGUACUGCCUUCUCAGCCACUCCUCAGGUGACCUGUGAGUCCGGCUACACAGGGGGCGCUGUGCAGAUAGAGGUGCAGUGUCAUCUCAAACCGGUGAAGAUUCGGUGUUUUUUCAAAGUGAAACUUAAAGAAUUUGUUUCCUGACAUCUUGGCAUCUGGUGUUGAUGCCUCAGUUUUAAACCAAACAGUCUUCAAGGCAACUGGAAAUGUGUUGCCAGCACUACGACCUUCUUCAGAUUGGAAGUUUUCUGGGUUUAAGAUUCUCAGUGCUGGGAGUGAACCCCUGUUUGGGCCGUUUGAGACCCGAAAUUAAGUUUGAUUGUUUUGCUCAAAAUCUAGUACUUUCUGAUUCCUCCUCUGUGAAAGUAGGAAAGAUCCCAAAACUUUUCUGCUCCACGAUUUCGAGUCCUUGUACCUUGAAUACUGGCGAACCAUCUCUAAACUAUUCACAGGUAGUGAUGGGCAGUGCGUGCGCACCUUACGUCACAGUGCCAGACAUCCUUGGGACAUAUCUGCAGACUGAUGUAAUGUUUCUCUGUGGAUACUACAUGUACGCUAGACUUCCUGGCUGGGUGGGUCGCUGUGCAGCUGGAGAGCCGACUGAUCACUCCUUCAUUGUUUCAGCUAUGCCCCACCCUGGUGAACUUCUGGGUAAGCAGCGUAUGAGGAGAGAUGUGAGUCAGCCGCAUGAUCCUGUCUGGGGCUCUAAUGUUCUAGAAGUCAUGCUGUCACUUUUUCCGUCUCUUCGUAAACACCACGCUGGCUAUGUGGCAGGCUGAACGAGAGGAGCCUCGUAGGUGCCUCAUGCUGCACAUACAUUCCUGCUAAUGAUGACGAGGGAGGAACCAUUCAGCAGGCAAUUGCUAAUCUGACCUCAUUGUGUGAUGCUGUUGAUCAUGAUUCAAAAUUUGGCAGGUCCUGGUUCGUAACCGGUCCAUGGUACGCUGUCUUUUUCAAAUUGUUAUCUCCAAUCACUCUAUUUCUGAUUCUGAUCCUUGUAAUUGCUUGUUGCAUCAUUCCCAUUAUCAAGGCACUGAUAAAGAAGACUGUAACUAUGGUCAUGCACCGGGAAGCGAGAUACCAUGAGCAAAUUCGACUUCUGGAUCUGUGAUGUAAUGUUACAAAAGAAGGAUUCUUUAUGACGUUAAUAUUGAAAAUCGUGAGAAGUGAUAUUGACUGAUGAUUCUGAUGGAAACGUCACUUACAAAUGUGAUGUAUUUUAACCAUUUAAUACAAUUAUGUUGGUAUAAUUGAAAAUGUCAUAAUUAUUGAUGAAGGCAUUAUUAAUCAUUAUUAAUCAUUAGUAAUUAAUUACUAACUUAGAAAUAGCUACUGUUGGUUGAUUUCAUUAUGAUUGUAGUAUUUAAUCAUGUAACCAUGUAUCACUUUUUGAAUCCACUCUUAAAACCAUGCUUGUUUAUGAUGAUUUUAUAUAUAUAUAUAUAUAUAUAUGUAUGUAUAUAUUUGGCGGCAGGGCCUUGAGGGGAACACUAUGAUAGUCAUAUGGACAUCAUGGUCAUCAUGUGGAAGGGAGAGCUCUGUAAAGCUUUGUCUAGGUCUGUUAGAAGGAAUCUGUAAACAACUAAAGGUGCCUCCCAAGGGCAUCAAGGCCGUCAAUAUAUACCAGUGACUUUCCUUUGUCUUGUCAGAAUUCUCCACGGAGACUCUGCAGACUCUCUGUGUC